GCCUUCAGAUCUUUAGCUCACGCAGAGUCUCAAUUGUCUAACUUGCAUCCGCAGCUGCAGCCAUGAUGACCAAGAGUGCGCUCCUUCUUGUUGCAGCAUUUGCUGUGGUCCUCGCAGCAUGGAGCCCAGUGGCUGCGCAGCCCCCACCACCACCCGCGACCACACCAGUUAUCACAGUCACCAAUGCUAGCCCCGUCGAAGUUUUGAUCUUCCAGAUUCUGAACGGCACAUUGAACCGGCUGGCCACAGUCCCCGCCAACUCUGGCCAGUUCGUCAUCCGAAACUUUCAGGCCGUCAACGGCCAAGUAGACUUGCUGGUUCGGAGCACGGUGAUGGGGGUCACAUCGCAAGUGGGACGAGUGCUCACUCCUUCGAAUGUGACAAACAUCGUCAUCCGCACGAACUCAGCCGCAACCGGUCUGCUCGUGACCAUCACCGGGCUGCUCAAUGGGCCAGUGUCAGUGGUACUGGACCUCGUCUUCACGACUCUUGUCGGGGCUCUUCUCUCCAUUCUUUCUCCAUAGAGAUGAUCAAUUCAGGGACGAAAUGACAAGGAAGAAGGUGGACGAGCACGUUAACGUUAUCACAAUCAGUCCAGAUAUCAGUGUUCGUUAGGAAAGCUGUGAAAGACUUGAACCUCAGUGUCCAAAUGAUAUAUGAUAUACUUCAAGUCUUGGUCACUGGAAUAAUCACGAGAUAUCUUUGUCAAUGCUCUGCCACCGAGCAUAUAUAAUAAAUGACAACGACAAUUGAGUGGAAAACUCUCCGAUCUGGUGCUUUGGAUGGAGAACUUGGACCCCAAGUCGUCAACCGUUAGUUGUACUCUUAGCCUGAACAUGAUAUGAUAUGAUAUGAUAUUCAAAGAAGUCCAGAAUACUGAAUCUCUAGAUGAAUAAUACUCGUGUCUCGGAAGUUAUAAGAUACUUAUCCGAGCAGAGGAUUUCACGAUCAGAUGGACGAGGCACCUGAUUUUUAUAAUCCGACGAAUUAAAUGGGAGAUGUAAAAAUUGAUAGGGGCACUAAAUCUCUCUUGUAAAUAAUUGUCGAUGGGCGUAGUUUAGUCUUGGCGAUACAGCUCAAGUUUCUAAUACACUCGUUUCGACACCCAGGGACAAAUGAUGAAAAUUUUAAAACUUGGCAUUCGAAAUGUAUCGUAGUGCAGCACAAGUUUUAAAGGAUGUUGGAUUCACCUCGACGCUUUGUGGAUCUACUUAUUAUUGGUUUCCCAAACUGCUUGAUUUUGAGAGGAUAUGUUCUUCUCUGUUCAUUUAAGAAUUGGAAUCAAUCUUCAUUCUCUCUGGUCUCGGCAGAUGAGAUAUUUUUUCGAAGAAAAUGAGCAGUUGGGGGCUUUGAGCUGGCCAACAGGCUAAGAUCUAGUCUAUUUCUCACCUCAUAAUUCGGGUGGUAGAUUGGGCCGUAGGUCGGAAGGUUGUCUCUAAGCAGCAUCUAUAUCCUUAAAUUAUCGAUAUUUAAGUAUUUAAGUUUCGGCUAGUCUACUUAUGAUAAUUUACGCAGUAGAAGAUUAUUCAAAUUCAAUAUGAGCAGAG